AUGGUGGUGGGUAUGUGGAUAGGGCUAUGCUGGUGGCUACUUGCUGGGCCUGUGGCCCUGGCAGGGCCCAUUUUACUGAUCUGUGGAGAGACCAACCUGCAGUUCACUCUGCUGCUAGGUACUGGGAAUCAGAGACCCCCUGUACCUCUGAUGACUGUGGAUGCUAAAGGAGUGGCACAUGAGCUUCAGAAUGACUCCACCUGUGGGACUUCAUUGCUGUGGAAACCAGAUGGUUCUGUGGUGGUGGGGGCAGCCUUUACCAGCUGCUAUGUCAACCAACAGAAUGGCAGCCAUGUGAUGACAAUAUGGAUCGCAGCCCCUGCCUUGCCCGGGAAUGGCUCUCUGUCUGAAGAGAUUCGGUGUCCAGUUCAUCUACCAGCUCAGGAUGCUCCUGCUGCCAGCCCAUGUACAGCAGUCCAGCUCCUGGACAGGGUGUCAUGUGAUCCAGGUGAGAGUCCACUGCUCACCCAGGGGGACUGUGAAACCAGAGGCUGCUGCUAUGACCCAUCAGAUCAGGUGAUCCCUUGCUACUACAGCAAUCAAGUGACCGUGCACUGCACAGCCUCCGGCCAGUUCUCCAUCAUGAUUUCUAAGGAAGUGACCCUGCCCCCUUUGGUCUUGGACUCUGUGCACCUGUCUGGAAACCAAACCCCUGAAUGUGCUCCAAUGGCCCAGAACCAAGUCUUCACUCUCUUUCGCUUCCCAUUUUCCUCCUGUGGGACCACCUUUCAGGAAUCCAGAGACCAGAGGGUGUAUGAAAACACACUAGAGGCAAAGCAGGCAGUCCAGACAUCUCAGGCAGCUUCAAUCACCCGGGACAGUGUGUUCAGAGCGACUGUUCGCUGUAGCUAUGCUGCUGGUGACUCCCUGCCUGUGAGCUUCUGGGUCUCCACAGUGUCUCCACCCGCUCCUGCCACACAACAGGGGCCCCUAGCCCUGGAGCUGAGAAUUGCUACAGACAUCCACUACAGCUCCUACUACAACAUCUCGGACUACCCUGUGGUGAGGCUGCUCCGGGACCCUGUGCAUGUGGAGGUGCGACUACUGAAGAGGACAGAUCCCAACCUGGUCCUUGUCCUCCACCACUGUUGGGCCACUCCUAGCACCAACCUGCAGCAGGAGCCAAUGUGGCCUAUCCUGGAAGAUGGGUGCCCAUAUGCCAAAGAUAGCUAUGCCACCCAGCUGGUGCCCAUCAGUGCUAACUCAGCCCUGGAGUUCCCCUCCCACUACCAACGCUUUGCUGUCAGUGCUUUCACCUUCAUGGACUCUACCUCUCAGCGAGCUCUCCAUGGGCCAAUCUACUUCCACUGCAGUGCGUCGGCCUGCAUCCCACAGGGGCUGGAGCCCUGCACCUCUUCCUGCACCAGAAGCCAGGGCCCAAGAUUGAGGCGGACCUCCUACCACAGCCCAGCGGAGCCAUUAACCCUGGUCACUGCUAAGGGGCCUGUGGACUUUACCAGCGAACAGAGAACCCAGAUGCCAGACCUGCAGGAAGGCACCCAGGCAACUGGAGCGCAACCCUGGUGGACAAAGGUGGCUGUAGCAGGAGCUGUGGUCAUGCUGACUGCUCUCAUCCUCCUGGCUGUGGGUAUAAGGAUGUAUUGGCAGCAACAGAAUUGUGCUUCUGUCACUAUCUAAUAGGCUGUAAAUAAACCACAUUAGUACAUGCA